GCGCAGCGGGUCUGUGGGCUGAAGAUGGCGGACAGAGAGAACGCUCUCGGAACGGCCUGUUCAGGCGCCUCCGACAUGGACGAGCCCGCCGCGAAAAGGUCCAAAUUCAGUCCGGCGACGAACCGCGGACCCGAAUCCGCCGAGACGGACACGCCUCCGUGCGUUUCAGCGGCCGCCGGGUGCCGGGAGGCGGCGGCGAAUUGUGCGCCGCCAGCGGAGACGAAGGAAGCGAAGCCGGCGAUGAUGGCGGUGGAGCAGGCCCCGGCAUCGCGAGGCGGAGACAACAAUGGACUGGGUCUGCCGGGCUCCGAGCCGCGCAAACCGGCGGGGAAGCUAAGCGACAGCUCCGCCUUUGGCGGGACGGAGGAAGGCGCCGAUUUUCUCGGGCAUGGCGAUCUGAUCCCCAACGGCCUCGCUGUCACGCCAGAGCACCUCGACGACGAAGACGACAGAUCUUCCCACGCCAGCUCCAGCGACUGGACUCCUCAGCCGCAAAUAAGUUCCUACAGCUACAUCCAGCAACACAUCAGAGAGACCGACCCCAGGGCCAUUCUGAGGGAUUUGCUUCCCGAGACCAUUCUCCCGCCGGAUUUAGACGACAUGACGCUGUGGCAGAUAAUCAUCAACAUCUCGGAGCCGCCGAAGAGGAGGAAACGGAAGGACGUCAACACCCUGGAAGACGUGGUCAAGCUGCUGCAUGAGAGCAAACGCAUCCUCGUGCUGACCGGAGCCGGCGUGUCCGUUUCGUGUGGAAUACCAGACUUUCGCUCCAGAGACGGGAUUUAUGCGCGUCUCGCUGUAGAUUUCCCCGACCUUCCGGAUCCUCAGUCCAUGUUUGACAUUGAAUACUUCAGAAGAGACCCCAGGCCCUUCUUCAAGUUUGCGAAGGAGAUUUUCCCCGGUCAGUUUCAGCCGUCACCCUGUCACCGAUUUAUAUCCAUGCUGGACAAACAGGGGAAGCUGCUACGCAACUACACACAAAACAUCGAUACGCUGGAGCAAGUGGCCGGAGUUCAGCGCAUCAUCCAGUGUCACGGAUCAUUUGCAACUGCAUCCUGUCUCGUCUGUAAACACAAAGUGGAUUGUGAAGCAAUAAGGGCCGACAUCCUAAAUCAGGUUGUCCCUCGCUGUCCCCGCUGUCCAGACAUUCCUCUGGCCAUCAUGAAGCCAGACAUCGUCUUUUUUGGAGAAAACCUCCCAGAGCUGUUCCACAGAGCCAUGAAGCAGGACAAAGACGAGGUGGACCUCCUCAUCGUCAUCGGCUCGUCUCUAAAAGUCCGGCCAGUCGCUCUCAUCCCAAACUCCAUUCCUCACGACGUGCCUCAGGUUCUGAUCAACAGGGAGCCGCUGCCUCAUCUGAACUUCGACGUGGAGCUGCUGGGGGACUGCGACGGCAUCAUCAACGAGCUCUGCCACCGCCUGGCCGGAGACUUUGAGCGGCUCUGCUACAACACGCUAAGACUCACUGAGAUCACAGAGAAACCUCCCCGGUUACCAGAACCGACGCCGCCGCCGCCGGCAGCAGACACGGCCCAGCAGGAGGCCAAGCCGGCCCGUACGGUUCCGUCGGAGGAGGCCGGGAGCCCCAGUGUCACACAAACUGCCAGUAGUAACGUAACGCCCCCAGAGCCUUGUUCGAACGCUCAGCGACGGAGCGCAGACGCCGCCGAGGCGCCAGAGUCGCCCAAGGAGGACGCGGCUGAAGCCAACGGCCAGACCCCCCGGCUGGAAACCCGAAAACGGUUCUGGAUGAGUCGGGUCAGCAGAAGUCCGAUAAGCAAACGGCUGGAAGGGGCUCAGUACCUGUUCCAGGCACCCAACCGGUACAUCUUCCACGGGGCCGAGGUCUACUCCGACUCCGAGGACGAGACGUCGAGCUCCUGUGGCAGCGACAGCGACGCGUCCGAGUGCAGCCGCGAAGAGCCGGAGGACUGCAGCGAGCAGGAGGAAGAGGAGGAGGAGGAGGAGGAGGCGACGAUGGCGGCCAGGCCGGCGAGCGAAGACACAUUCCACAGAGACAACGACGAGGCGGCGGCGAGCCUGCAGACAGACAAUACGUCAGAGAGGAGCACGCAUCUUUAGACGUUCAGAGACUCCACACAGCACUAACUGUCUUUUUUUUUUAUAUAUAUAUAUAUAUAUAUGAGAGAUAAAUAUGUUCCUAUGCGUCUUGGCUUGUCGUGCUUACUGUUUGUUUUCCAUGAAGCUGAACGGCGGCGUGCACACGGCGGCUCUUUUCCGUCUGAAGCUUCACGAUGCAGAACAGACGCCUGUCUUCUUGGACUCUUUUCUUUUUUUAUUGUUUUUUGUUGUUAAGCGUUACCACGGCGCCAUGUUGCCCUUCAGCUCCUGAACCGGCGUGGUUCUCACGGCGUUCCAGGCACAUCUCUGUGUCGUUGCGUUUGGUCUGCGACGUUACCCAGCAUGCAGCAGAGAGUUUCAGUCCUCCCCUUUUCCCCGGUGUCGGCUGUGGAAAAGGAGCGGCGCGCUUUCGUUUCAGACCAAAGAACACUUUAGCGGCAGACUCAUCCGUGCUUUUUUCUACGUCUGAUCUCUCCUUUUUUUAUUUCUCUCUCGGAGCGGAGGAGGAGGUGUUCCUCCUGACAUCUGGCAGCUACUUUGAUGGUCAAGCCUUUCUUUAUUUUUAUAUCCGGAUGCGAGACAUACUCGUCAGAGGGUAGACGGUUGAUUUUAAGUUGUAUAAAGUUAUACUAGAGACUUUAUAUGGUGGAGAGGUUUGGCUAUAUUCAGCUGUAAACCUGUAGAAAUAUACUCUAACGGGAAAAACCGGCACUUUUUUUUUUUUUUUUUUCCUCUCCUGUGCCACUCCGGUUUUGUUUCUUGGCAGGAAAAGGAGCUAAAUGCCAAAUGGACACGUCUACAGCAAAAUAAGCCCCAUCAUUAUUUCUUUUUGUUUUUGUUUUUAUUUUUGGAAAGUGAUUUGUUAACCAGAUUUUAAGAAGCAUUUUAAUAUGACUGUUUCUCUGCUGGGGUUCUUGAGUAAAACAACGAUGAUGCUCUCAA